AUGGUUGUUCCCAAAUCACUUCACGACCUAAUUUUCACACAGUUAGAAAGAAAUUUGUCUCUUUUAAAACAUGUGAAAAAUUGUGGUCCCGUUGUUGUCGAAGCUCAAAAAUUGCGGUCCCAUUGUAGCGGCUAUGAGCGACAGGCUGAAACCCUAAAAAUCAGAUCUCAACUCUCUCCCUCGCCAAAAUCGCCUUCGCCGCACCUACCCGAUCCCGUCGGCCCGUCGUCCUCAAGUAGUUUUCCGGCUAUCUGCUCCACGCUCGCCCUCAAGCAGUCAAGUUGUGCAACUCAAGGCUCAGGAACUGCUCCACCCUCGCUCUCGUUCACGGCCAGAGAUCUACUCCACGCCUCCACUCUCGCCCUCGUUCACGGCCUGAGCCUGGGACGCUGCUUCAGUAAGGACCGCACGGAUACCGCCAUUAGUUGUAUGUCAACUACCCCGUCAUCUCCAUUCGAAGGUUCGUCUACAAGUCCGAUCCCGAUGGAUAAUUUAAUUGAUGAUAUGGAUGCUGCUGCGAUUGAAAAUGAAGAUAUUUCUCCCCAAGAAGGCCAAGAAGAAGAAGCCGUCCACGAGGAAAAAAGUGCAGAUGCUCCAUUCCAAAGAAAAAAACGGAAGAAAACUGCUAAAUGCUGGAAAGAGAUGACAACUUAUGCCGACAUAAAAGGUGUUCAGAUUGCCGAGUGCAACUACUGCAAUGAAAAGCUACGAGUGAACAAGACCAGCACCACAACUCAGAUCCUGAAGAAGAUCUUCAUUUUGAAGAAGUUGAUUUGCUUUAAGACGUGCUCCAUAUUGUUGCUGCCAGUGCCA